AUGGUGGGCAUAUUCCCUCUCGCCACGAUGGGCGGGCCGCUCGUCGCGCCCGUGUCGAGCCUUCUGAAGGCAGUGCCGCCGCCGCCCUUGCCCAGACAAAUGGUGGGCAUAUUCCCUCUCGCCACGAUGGGCGGGCCGCUCGUCGCGCCCGUGUCGAGCCUUCUGAAGGCAGUGCCGCCGCCGCCCUUGCCCAGACAAAUGGUGGGCAUAUUCCCUCUCGCCACGAUGGGCGGGCCGCUCGUCGCGCCCGUGUCGAGCCUUCUGAAGGCAGUGCCGCCGCCGCCCUUGCCCAGACAAAUGGUGGGCAUAUUCCCUCUCGCCACGAUGGGCGGGCCGCUCGUCGCGCCCGUGUCGAGCCUUCUGAAGGCAGUGCCGCCGCCGCCCUUGCCCAGAAUGUUCCGCACGGGCCGCCUGGCCGCGCCUGCGCACGACCAUCUGAACCCGGACGUGCCCGAGUUCGUGCCGCUCUCACGUCGGCAAGAAGAGCCGAGUGAAAAGUCCUCCCUGGAUGAGAGGUCCGUGUCCAUAGGCAGCCCUGACUCAGAGAGGAGCGCCAGCGAUGUUUGGACAGAGGUAAGAAUUAGAACUAAGCAUUGGGGGGUGUGUCUCAAUCACGACACUGAUGCCAAAAAAAAUGCGAGCUAUCGGUUAGUCCCGGGGCGGUGGCCGCAUGCAAUCGGUGGUGUAGCGGGGCACGCGGGGGUGGUGCGGGCGGUGAAAAGGCGCACAAAAGCGGGCUCCCGUGAGAGAGCGCCGCCGCCGCCGCCCGAAGACGAGCCGCGUGAAGAACUCCAUUUCCAGCUAGACGAGGAGCUGGACCUGCCGCCUCCGAGGCACAACACCUUCACCGACGCCUGUAGUAAAAGGCGCACAAAAGCGGGAUCCCGCGAGAGGGCGCCGCCGCCGCCGCCCGAAGACGAGCCGCGUGAAGAACUCCAUUUCCAACUAGACGAGGAGUUGGACCUGCCGCCUCCGAGGCACAACACCUUCACCGACGCCUGGCGCACAAAAGCGGGAUCCCGCGAGAGGGCGCCGCCGCCGCCGCCCGAAGACGAGCCGCGUGAGGAACUCCAUUUCCAGCUAGACGAGGAGCUGGACCUGCCGCCUCCGAGGCACAACACCUUCACCGACGCCUGUAGUAAGAGCCGCACAAAAGCGGGAUCCCGCGAGAGGGCGCCGCCGCCGCCGCCCGAAGACGAGCCGCGUGAGGAACUCCACUUCCAGCUAGACGAGGAGCUGGACCUGCCGCCUCCGAGGCACAACACCUUCACCGACGCCUGGCGCACAAAGGCGGGCUCCCGCGAGAGAGCACCGCCGCCGCCGCCCGAAGACGAGCCGCGUGAAGAACUCCAUUUCCAGCUAGACGAGGAGCUGGACCUGCCGCCUCCGAGGCACAACACCUUCACCGACGCCUGGUGA